AUGGAGCGCUACAAGUCUGCGAUCCCGCGCGCCGGCGCCCAUGAACUGGCCGGCUAUCUUCUGUUCCUGCCGACCAUCGUCGUCGGCCCGAUCAACCGCUUCGACGACUACCGGCGCGACCUCAACCGGCAGCGCUUGGACCCGGCGCUGAUCUCCGAGGGCGCCGAGCGCAUCCUUUACGGCUAUGCCAAGAUCGUCAUCCUCUCCAACUUCCUGACCGAGGGCGUGCUCGGCGACUACAUCGCCACGUUCGACGAUCCUGCCGCGCAGCACGUCAUCUAUCUGGAAAUCGUCCAGAACGGGCUGAACCUCUACUUCCAGUUCUCGGGCUAUUCGGACAUCGCCAUCGGCUUUGCGCGCCUGCUCGGCUACCGGGUGAUGGAGAACUUCAACUGGCCCUAUCUGCAGCCCAACAUCUCGGCCUUCUGGCGGUCGUGGCACAUCUCGCUGUCACGCUGGUGCCGCGACUAUGUCUAUUCGGUCGUCGUCGCCCAGACGCGAAGCCCGGCGCUCGGCGCCAUGGCAACGAUGAUCGCCAUCGGCCUGUGGCACGAGAUCUCGCUGCGUUUCCUCUUGUGGGGCGCCUGGCACGGGAUCGGGCUGAUCGUCUGGCAGAAGAGCCAGGGCUGGACGACGCGGUUCGAGCAGGCGCUGCCGGAAAGCGCGCUGCCCGUGCUGCAUGUGGCCAAGGUCGUCUUCACCGUCCAUUUCGUCUGGCUCGGUUUCGUCAUCCUGACCGCCGGCACGCCGGGGGCCGCGCUUGAAACCUAUGGCCGCCUGUUCGGCCUGAUCGACUGA